CCAAUUGACUAGUAAAACAAGCCGAACGCCGGAGAUGUCGACGACGCCAAUGAUGCCGCCGAUGGGGAACCCAAACUUUGACGGAGGUGCACCGCCACAGCCGCCGCAGCCGGGGACUGACAUGACAGGAAUAUGCUUCAGGGAUCAGUUAUGGCUGAAUACAUAUCCGCUGGAUCGUAACCUAGUAUUUGACUACUUUGCCCUUUCUCCUUUCUAUGACUGGACUUGCAACAAUGAGCAACUCCGAUCACGCGCCAUUCACCCGCUCGAUAUUUCUCAUUUAUCGAAAAUGACGGGCAGUGAAUACACGCUGAGUGAAGUUAUGGAGCCACAUCUCUUUGUCAUCCGUAAGCAAAAGAGGGAUAGUCCCGAGAAGGUAACGCCAAUGCUGACUUAUUAUAUAUUGGAUGGUUCAAUAUACCAAGCUCCACAGCUCUGCAAUGUGUUUGCAGGUCGACUGGGACGUGCUUUAUAUCAUAUAUCCAAAGCUUUCAGUUCUGCAGCUUCAAAGUUGGAAAAGACCGGAUAUGUGGCUUCUGAAAAUGAGAGUGCAACAUCUGAACCUACUAAGCCUGCUAAGGAGCCCAUUGACUUCAAGGAACUUAAGCGAGUUGAUCAUAUCCUUGCUUCCCUACAACGAAAGCUACCACCAGUACCUCCACCCCCACCAUUUCCGGAAGGCUAUGCACCACCUUCCACGGCAGAAGCCUCGGAAAACCAGCAAGCAGAGACUCAGUUACCUACAGUUGAUCCCAUCAUCGACCAAGGUCCGUCUAAGCGAAUGAAAGUAUGAAACGUCUAAGCAGUUGGUGGCUGCAAGAAUUUGUACAAUGCUCCAGAUGGUUCUGGGUGAUCCAUAACUAAAUAUUUCCUGCACCCAGUGACUGCAAGUGUUAAAUCUACGAUGCUUGAGAUGGUCUAGAGUGAUCCUUAACUUGAUAAUAGAUUUUUCUGUAUACUAUGUAAAGUAUUAAAUCUCUAUGUUAGUCAGAACUUUACAUGUAGAUCCGUAUCAAGGUUAUAGUUCACCCGUAGGCUGUAUGGCCAUGUAAUGCUGUUACAUUAGUUUCCAAUAGUGAAUUUUAUCUUAGAUUUCGCAUUUUGGAACACA